CUCCAGUCGGUCUUGGCAGGAGUGACAGGCGAGACGGACAAGAGCUGGAGAGUCAAAAAAAGGAAGAGAUGGCUUCUUCUGCUCCCAAAGAAAAAGAUAAAUCAAGUACUUGUACCAAAAAAAGUGUUGCAGUUGUCGGUGCUGGAGUUAGCGGGCUUGCUGCUGCAUACAAGUUAAAACUACGUGGUUUGAAUGUAACGGUGUUUGAAGCUGAUGAAAGAGCUGGAGGGAAGUUGAAAAGUGUUUCCCGAGAUGGUUUAAUAUGGGAUGAGGGGGCAAAUACCAUGACUGAAAGUGAUGCAGAGGUGGGAUUUUUGCUUGAUAACCUCGGACUAAGAGACAAGCAACAAUAUCCAAUUUCACAAACCAAGCGCUAUAUUGCAAGAAAUGCAACACCUAUACUGAUACCUUCAAAUCCUCUUGCACUUAUUGGAAGCAGUUUUCUUUCUGCACAAUCUAAGCUUCAAAUACUUUUUGAGCCAUUUCUGUGGAAGAAGAACCCAUCUAAGUUUUCUGAAGAACAAGAAAGUGUUGGUGGAUUCUUCGAACGCCAUUUUGGGAAAGAGGUUGUUGAGUAUCUCAUUGAUCCUUUUGUUGCGGGGACAAGUGGCGGAGAUCCAGAUUCACUUUCUAUACGGUAUUCAUUUCCUGACUUAUGGAGUCUAGAGAAAAGGUUUGGCUCUGUUAUAUAUGGGGCAAUUCAAUCUAAACUAUCUGCCAAACGUGAAAAUAAAGGAGGAACAAGAAGCUCUCCAGCAAACAAAAGGCGACAGCGUGGGUCUUUUUCAUUUCUGGGCGGAAUGCAGACUCUUACAAACGCACUAUGCAAAGAGCUUGGUGAAAAGGAUCUUAAACUUCGACAUGAGGUGCUGGAACUGUCAUGCAGUAGCCGCAGCAAGAGCUCGUUGUUGGAUAGUUGGUCAGUUUCUUAUGCAUCACAGCACAAAAAAAUGUCAGAGGAAAAAUCUUUUGAUGCUGUGAUUGUUACUGCCCCGCUCAACAACUUGAAAGAUAUGAAGAUCACCAAAGGAGGAAAACCAUUUCGGCUUGACUUUAUUCCUGAGGUUACAUAUUUGCCAGUAUCUGUUGUAAUCACCACUUUCAACAAAAAGAAUGUCAGGCGACCCCUUGAGGGUUUUGGAGUUCUUGUACCUUCCAAAGAGCAGCAAAAUGGUUUGAAAACACUGGGUACACUUUUUUCUUCGAUGAUGUUUCCAGACCGUGCACCAAAUGACACAUAUCUUUAUACUACCUUUGUUGGUGGGAGCCGAAAUAAGGAAUUAGCAAAAGCUACCAGGGAUGAGUUGAAGGACAUAGUGACAUCUGACCUUAGACAGUUGUUGGGUGCAGAAGGACAGCCAACAUUUAUGAAUGACUUAUACUGGAGUGCCGCAUUUCCACUUUAUGGGAGGAACUAUAAAACAGUCAUAGAAGCAAUUGACAAGUUAGAAAAAGAUCUGCCAGGAUUUUUCUACGCAGGUAACCACAAGGAAGGAUUGGCUGUUGGUAGAGCUAUAUCUUCAGGAUGCAAAGCAGCUGAUCUCGUAAUCUCAUAUCUGAAUUCUUCAUUGCAUGUUAAGGAAAGCUCUGAUUGAAGAUGUUGGAGAGGUAUGUGGGUUGGAGUUUCAAGCGCUGCUGCUGCAAUUAUUUCUGCUCUUCUUUUCUCCUUCAAUAUGCCCUCCUUCAAAGGCUGGAAAGUGGCAACUGAUUUGUCUUAUGUAAUUUGUACAAGGAAAAGAAAAAAGUUUCUUGUAGCUACAACUACGAUACAGGUGAACAGAGCGUUCGUUCGUUUAGUACUA